UCCUCCUCCUCUUCCUCCUCCUCCCACCUCCAGCGAGGAGCAUCCGGCGCACUGAUUUCACUCCGACGGGCGGGCAGACUAGAGGACAGACGCAAGCCAGGCACGAUGCGCGGAUCUCCCCGUCAUGGGACAGCUGUGGGGGUUCUAGUGCUUUUGAACGCGCUGCUGUUUGCAGCGGAGGCUGCGGAGGGGGUCUUGACGGAGCAUCUUCUGGUCCAGCUGCACGAGGACGCACAGGACGAGGCGCACCAACUUGCUGCACAACAUGGGUUCCAGAGUGCGAGGAAGCUCCCCUUUGGAGACGGCCUCUUUCACUUCUAUCCUCAGGACACUUCAAAGAGGCGAAGCAAACGCAGCGCCCGUAUCAAACAAUGGCUCCAAAAUAACAGAAGGGUAAAGAAUGUCAUCGAACAAGAAGGUUUCCGUCGUCAGAAGCGAGGCUACCGAAAUAUUAAUGACAUAGAAGUCAACAUGAGUGACCCUCUAUUCACCAAGCAGUGGUAUCUGAUAAACACCGGCCAGGCCGAUGGGACCCCUGGGCUGGAUCUUAAUGUGGCUGAAGCUUGGCAGCUUGGUUACACAGGCAAGGGAGUUACUAUUGCAAUCAUGGAUGAUGGUAUUGACUAUCUACAUCCAGACUUGGCAUCAAAUUAUAAUGCCGAUGCCAGCUAUGACUUCAGCAGCAAUGACCCAUUUCCAUUUCCACGCUACACGGAUGACUGGUUCAAUAGUCACGGCACUCGCUGUGCCGGGGAGGUUUCUGCGGCAGCUAACAACAACAUCUGCGGUGUGGGAGUCGCCUACAACUCCAAGGUGGCAGGAAUCCGGAUGCUGGACCAGCCUUUCAUGACGGAUAUCAUUGAAGCAUCAUCCAUCAGCCACAUGCCUCAGACGAUUGAUAUUUACAGUGCUAGCUGGGGCCCGACUGACGAUGGCAAGACGGUGGAUGGACCCAGAGAGCUGACAUUACAGGCGAUGGCUGAUGGGGUCAACAAGGGGCGAGGAGGGAAAGGGAGCAUCUACGUCUGGGCUUCAGGCGAUGGUGGUAGCUAUGACGACUGCAACUGCGAUGGUUAUGCCUCCAGCAUGUGGACCAUUUCCAUCAACUCUGCCAUCAAUGACGGGCGCACUGCCCUGUACGAUGAGAGCUGCUCUUCCACACUGGCAUCCACAUUCAGCAACGGGCGCAAGAGGAACCCAGAGGCUGGUGUUGCGACAACAGACCUGUAUGGAAACUGCACACUGCGCCACUCUGGAACAUCAGCGGCAGCUCCAGAGGCUGCAGGCGUCUUUGCUUUGGCUCUCGAGGCUAACCCCAACCUGACAUGGAGAGACAUGCAGCACCUCUCUGUCCUGACGUCCAAACGGAACCAGCUCCAUGACGAAGUCCACCAAUGGAGGAGGAACGGCGUUGGGCUGGAGUUCAACCACUUGUUUGGCUACGGUGUUUUGGACGCGGGGGGAAUGGUGAAAAUGGCAAAGGAGUGGAAAACAGUGCCAGAACGCUUUCACUGUGUGGCCGGAUCCAUUCAGGAACCCCAUAAAAUCCAAUCUGGCAACAAGCUGGUUUUGGCGAUCAACACAGAAGCUUGUGAGGGGAAGGACAAUUUCGUCCGCUACCUGGAGCACGUUCAGGCCGUGGUGACGGUGAACGCCACCCGCCGAGGAGACCUCAACAUCAACAUGACCUCCCCCAUGGGCACAAAGUCCAUCCUAUUGAGCCGCAGGCCCCGUGAUGACGACUCCAAGGUGGGCUUCGACAAGUGGCCCUUCAUGACCACCCACACCUGGGGGGAGGACCCUCGUGGGACGUGGGUCCUGGAGGUCGGCUUUCAGGGUGACGAGCCACAGCGAGGGGUCCUGAAAGAGUGGACUGUCAUGCUGCAUGGAACACAAAGUGCCCCUUACAUAGACCAGAUUGUGCGCGAUUAUCAGUCCAAACUUGCCAUGUCCAAGAAAGAGGAGCUAGAGGAGGAGCUGGAUGAGGCUGUGGAGAGAAGCCUGAAAAGUCUGCUGAGUAAAAACAACUAAAACUGCAUCUGCAUGUCUCCUCAUCUCUCCUUUCUCUCUGCAUCUUGCUCUGUCUUUCUCUCACUCCUCCUACUGGUGUCUUUGUCCCUCUUUCCUUUUUACUUUCUUUAAUUUUUUGCAAUCAAGAUUUUCAAUUAGCCCAUUCAAAGAAUGUUACCAGAAACAUAAAAAGUGUAACUCCCUAUAAUCUGUAAUCCACAGGAAUUAAACUAGAGUUUUUACAGUCCUCAGAAUUGUAGAUAAGCCAAAUAUAUAAGCAGCUAUGUCAUGUUCUUGCUCUAACGCCCUGCGCCUCUUUUCUGCCAAAUGUUGUACAGUUUGUGACUGUAAAUUAUUUUCUGUGCCAUUCUACUUAAAGAUCGAUAUCUUGCAAACGGAGUACUUCUUUCUGUUUAUAUUUUUGUGACAUGCCCUGUUUAUAUAUAAACUAAGAAAAGAAUGUGUAAUUUAUUUGGCGCCUUGUGGUCAUCAGUUCAUAUUUCAUAAUCUCUGGCGUACAUUAUAAUAAAUCUGUCCAGCUGUUUUAAA